AUGAAACAUGAUGUGUUAUCACUUGCAAAGAGGUUUUACUCUUGUGAAGAAGUUAACUUUUUGUCAACUAUAACAAACACUGAGGCUCAGAGAAAAGAGUUUGUGAAGCUAUGGACUCUCAAAGAAGCAUAUGUGAAAGCAUUAGGAAAAGGCUUCUCUGCUUCACCUUUUAAUACCUUUUCAAUCAUCAAAACUAAAGAAAGCUACAAUCUUUGCGAGGCGGAGGAGAGAAUCGGAGCAUGGAAGUUUGCGGUUCUCGAAUUGGUUGCUUCCUCUCAUUACGCUACAAUCUGCAUUGAAGAUGAUUAUGGAGUUGGAGGAGCUCCUAUGAAUGUGAUUGUCCACAGAACCAUCCCAUUCUUAGAAGAUGAACUUAUCUCUGAUUAG